AUGGCGCCUGCCGUGCACCACCACCGCUCCACCACCAAGGUUUCCCACAAGCCCUACAAGAGCAAACAUGCCUCCAAGAGCGCCUUGAAGGAUCAGGCCAAAGGGAAAAUCGAAGGUGAUGAGCGGGGCGGUCGUAAAACACCCCACCAACAGCUCAAGUCGAAACUCGAUCGCCGUAACACCGCCCGCCAAAGACAGGCGUUGAAGCACCAGGAAAGAUCCCAAGCCACCAGCAUCUUCGCCGGCCAGAAUGGUGCUCCCCGUCAGGUUGCAAUUGUGCCUUUGUCCGCCGAUAUUGACGCCGCCGCCGCUAUUGCUUCUAUCAACGAAAGUGUCGAUGUGUUGACUGAUGUCUCUCCCGAUGGACCUACCCGCGUGCGCAUUGAUCGAUUCCGCCAGAGCGUGCAGUACGUCCCCGCCAAGUAUGACUUGAUGAGCGCUCUGGAUGUGUGCCGUAUGGCCGACUUUGUCAUCUUGGUCAUGUCGUCUGAAGUUGAGGUUGAUGAGGAGGGCGAGAUGCUGCUGCGCUCGAUUCAAGGCCAGGGUAUCUCGAAUGUGGUGACUGUCGUGCAAGGUCUCGAUAAGAUUGAGCCACCUAAGAAGCGCCCCCAGGUGGCUUCUUCGUUAAAGUCUUUUAUCAACCACUUCUUCCCCUCUAUUGAGAAGGUUAUGUCUCUCGACUCGAGACAAGAAUCUUCCAACGCUAUCCGUUCUAUCUGCACUGCUACUCCCAAGGGCAUCCGCUGGCGUGACGACCGCAGCUGGAUGUUUGUCGAGAACGUUCAGUGGCCGGAGUCCAAUCUGGAAGUGGUUGACGAUGUCGUCAUCACCGGAGUUGUUCGUGGACGGGGUCUGAAGGCAGACCGCAUCGUUCAUCUCCCUGGAUGGGGCGAUUUCCAGAUUGAUUCGAUCACAGCUGCGCCGCUAGCAACCACAAAGCCCAAGCGGGAUGAUUCAAUGGCCGUUGACGCCAAUGAGCCAGAAGUCUUGGAUACUCCUUCUGAGGACCAGGAUGACAUGGCUGCUAUUGCUCCCGAAGAAAUUGAAAUGGCGGAUGAUGACAUGCUUUCCAUGGCUGAGACAGAGAAGAAGGGUGUUCUGCUGGAUGACUACCAUUACUUCUCGGACGACGACUCACACAUUCCCCCUGUACCUAAGAAGUUGCCCAAGGGUACCUCAAAUUACCAGUCUGCCUGGUAUCUCGAAGACGUCUCAGACUCCGGAUCUGAUAUGGAGGAUGAGGAUGAGCCUAUGGAGAUGGAUACUGCUGGAGCACCGGAGGAUGGCGUGUUCCCAGACCACCAGGAUGCUAUGACUGAGGGCGGUGGUACUGAAUACCCACAAUCGGAGAUGUUCCUCGACCCCUCCCCAGAGGACGAGGCCCAGGAACUGGCCGACUACCGUGCCAGCCGCAAGACUGAGGCCGAAGAGGACUUGGAGUUCCCCGAUGAAAUUGAAUUGCACCCCAACGCGCUUGCUAGAGAACGUCUGGCCCGAUUCCGUGGAUUGAAGAACCUCAAGCUCAGCCACUGGGAAACAUCCGAGGAUCGUCCCUACGAGCCCGAGGAUUGGCGCCGACUGCUGCAGUUUGCCGAUGUCAGGGGUUCCAAGGCCCGCGUCAUUCGAGAGGCGUUGGCCGGCGGCGUUAACCCUGGUAUUCGCGUGGAUAUCCACCUUCGCGCAGUUCCUUCCAUUCUACGCAACAGCCCUAAGCCUAUUUCGCUCUUCUCUCUGCUCCGCCACGAGCACAAGCAGACUGUGGUCAACAUCAGCAUGACCCUGAGCUCCAGCGUAGAGAAGCCUCUCAAGGCCAAGGAGCAGCUCGUCGUCCAGUGCGGUGCCCGCCGCAUGGUCAUCAACCCCAUCUUCUCCUCGGCUGAUAACACGCCGAACAACGUUCACAAAUACGACCGAUACUUGCACCCUGGUCGUAGUGCCAUCGCAUCCUGGAUUGGACCCAUGACCUGGGGUUCAGUUCCUGUCCUUGUCUUUAAGCAGAAGCAAGCCGAGCAGGAGGACGAUGACGACGAGAUGGAGACCGCCGACGCUAAGGAGGAGCCGAUUGCCCUAGACCAACUUGAGUUGAUCGGUACCGGUACCGUUGUCGCACCUGAUCAGAAGCGCGUGGUCGCCAAGCGUGCCAUUCUCACUGGUCACCCCUACAAGAUCCACAAGAAGGUUGUUACCAUCCGGUACAUGUUCUUCAACGCCGAGGAUAUCCAGUGGUUCAAGGCACUCCAGUUGUGGACCCGUCGUGGCCGCAGUGGAUACUUCAAGGAGAGCCUGGGUACACACGGAUACUUCAAGGCUACCUUCGAUGCCAAGAUCAACCCGCAAGACUCUGUGGGUGUCAGUUUGUACAAGCGCGUCUUCCCUCGCAAGGCCAAGGCUUUGGAUGCGAUUGCUGCGUAA